AUGAACGGCGAAAUGAUCGAGCAUGCUAUUAAAAGUGGAAGAAUAGACGGAGGGGAGAACAAUAAAAGGACAGCCUCGAGGAAAAGAGAAAAUGAAGUGAAUAAUGUGAAUGCCUACGGUAAAUCAAUUAUUGUGAGUCAACCGAGGAAAGCGGUCAUUAAUCAACAGGGCUCAUCGAAACAAGAGUCGGGAAUGAGGCAAAAUACUGAGAAGCCCCAGUUCACUCCCAUUCCAAUGACAUAUAAGGAGCUGUACCAGAAUUUAUUUAAUGCGCAUGUUGUCGCUCCUCGUUAUUUAAGUCCUCUACAACCCCCAUAUCCAAAAUGGUAUGACACAAACGCUCAGUGUGACAAUCAUGCCGGAAUUUCAGGACACUCGAUAGAAAAUUGUACUACUUUCAAAAAGGUAGUGGAAGGACUUAUCAAAUUGGGCGUUGUCAAAUUUGGUGACUCACCCAACACGGAAAGACCGUUGCCCAAUCAUGAUGAAGGGGUGAACGCGAUAAUUGAGAAUGGAGGAAGGAGAGUCAAAGCCAAUGUAGUAGAGAUAAGGACCCCCCUUGAAUGGGUUUGGAAACAAAUGGUGAAAGGAGGUCGCAUCAAGCAAGAUUCAAUAGAAAGGCCUGAAGGAGUAAGUAAGUUUUGUGAGUUCCACGCAGAAGAAGGCCACGACAUCCAAAAAUGUACCGAAUUCAGAACCAUGGUGCAAAACUUAAUGGAUAAAAAAGAGUUGGAAUUUUAUGAAGAGAUUAAUGGACUAGAAGAAGGAGAAGUUUAUGCUGAAGAAGAAGGAUCCACGGGGAAAGCCCAAAAGGCUAGUCACCCAGUGGUAAUUAUUUCAAAACCAAUGAGCAGAGAAUCUGGAAUUCAAAUAGCGCCAAAGGUCAUAAUCCAAAAACCUGUAUCCUUUCCUUACGAGGAUAGCAAAAAGGUUCCUUGGAAUUACGACUGCAAUGUGACAAUUCCAGGGAAAGAGAGCUUGGUAAACGCUUCAGGAGAGGAUGAAGGAUUCUAUACACGAAGUGGAAAACGCUAUGAUCCAGCAAACGCGAGAGUGGAAUUUGGAAAAGGAAAAGCCUUAGCAGUUGAGUUGGGAAAAGUAAAAACAGACAAAACUGAACCGCGUGUCAAUCAGCCGGUAACCAAAAAUGAGGCUAGAGAAUUUCUAAAAUUCUUGAAACAUAGUGAGUACAGCGUGGUAGAACAAUUGCAUAAACAACCGGCUCGUAUCUCGGUGCUUGAAUUGCUUAUAAGUUCAGAGAUACAUCGUAAUACGUUGAUUAGGCUACUAAAUGAAACUUAUGUCGCUCACGAUAUCUCAGUGAAUAAGUUGGACCGCUUGGUUAAUAAUAUCAGUGCCGACAAUUUCAUUUUCUUUAAUGAUGAUGAAAUACCGUCGGGGGGAAGAGGAGCCACCAAAGCAUUACAUAUCACUGCUCGUUGUGGGGAGUAUGCGUUAGCAGGAGUACUAAUUGAUAAUGGGUCAGCCUUGAAUGUUUUACCCCUAUCCACCUUAAAUAGGUUACCGGUGGAUAGCUCUCACAUGAAAUCAUGCCAGAAUAUAGUGAGAGCAUUUGAUGGUACUGAAAGGAAGGUGAUGGGAAGAAUAGAAAUACCCCUCUUGAUUGGCCCAAAUAUAUACGAGGUGGAUUUUUUAGUGAUGGAUAUCAAGCCUUCGUAUAACUGCUUGUUGGGAAGACCCUGGAUUCAUUCAGCAGGAGCGGUGCCUUCAUCAUUACACCAGAAGUUGAAAUUGGUAACAGAAGGCCGGUUAAUUACGAUUGACGCUGAGGAAGACAUCAUUGCAUCGGUAACCAGUGACACACCAUAUUUGGGAAUAGAUGAUGAGGCAGUUGAAUGUUCCUUUCGAUCUUUGGAGUUCGUAAAUGCAACCUCUGUAAUUGAGGGAAAGAAGAUUCCGAUGCCCAGCAUAUCUAGAGCCACGAGGAUGGGACUACAAAUGACAGUUGGGAAAUGA